AUGAAUAGCUUGACAAAUUGUUUGAAAUUUACAGUGCAAUACUCCUAUGAGAAAGUAGUGUUCCUAGAUGUUUAUGUAGAAAGGUUGCAUAAUGGUCUCAUCAACACAGGGGUAUAUCGGAAACCUUGUCACAGCAAUAUGCUGUUACAUAGGACGAGUAUGCACCCACCUCACAUUUUUAAAAACAUAAUUAAAGGACAAUCUCUAAGAUGUUCUAGGCUAAAUCCGUCAGUAACAGGAUUAGAAAAAGAUCUGUCAUGUCUACGGAAUAGAUUAAAGAAUAGGGGCUACAAAAUCAGUGAAAUAGAACAAUACACUACUGAAGCCCUCAAUUCACGUGAUGUUAGAGGUAAACCUUAUUUUGGCCCAGUACAGGAUAUCAUUAGAACUGAUAUCCCUUCGACACUUUUGAAUGUUAAAUUUGCAACAAGCUAUACAACAGACUUAUUUGAAGUCAAGAAUAUUAUAUGUAAACAUUGGGAUAUACUAAAGGCUGACGAAGAGAUUUUUAAUAUAGUUGUAGAUUUGUUAGAUGUUAGUGUUACAAAAUUGUUGGAUGGUACAUUGAGUACUUCACUAUGCAGAAAACCUUUUCCUAAAAAUUCUAUUCUUCAUGCUCGUACUUGUCAUCCAUUACAUAUGGUCAAUAAUAUCCGAGUUGCUCAGUUCCAAAGAGUUAGGCGUAUUUGUUCCAAUGCUAGUGAUUAUCAACGACAAGCGAGUGACCUAAAAUAUAGGUUUCAGGCUCGUGGUUAUAAUAAGGGGCUAAUAGAGAAAGCAUAUGAUAAAGUUCAGACUAUGGAUAGGGGUGAUUUGUUGAAGGAUAAGACUAAACAUACAUUAGGACAGUUUAAUAAAGCAUGUAUUGAUGAAAACCUAGAUAUGGUUGAAUUCUUAGUCAAGCAUAAAGCCAAUGUUAACCAUGCUGACAACGAGGGCUGGACUCCUCUUCACGUGGCAGCAUCCUGUGGAUAUGUGGAAAUUGCAAAAUUUUUACUUAAGAGUGGAGCGAAUGUUGCAGCUGUAAACAGUGAUGGAGACGUGCCAUUGGACAUUGCAGAAGAUGAUGAAAUGGAAAGCAUACUGAGAGCCGAAGUCGACCGGAGAGGUAUUGAUGUGGACAUGGCCAAACGUGAAGAGGAGGAGGUGUUGGUGCAGGAUGCUCGCCAGUGGCUUAACAGUGGUAAGAUUGCUGAUGACGUGCACCCAAAAACCGGAGCCACUGCUGUACAUGUAGCUGCAGCCAAAGGUUACAUUGAAGCCAUGAGGCUGCUCUUGCAGGCUGGGUAUGAUGUAAACGUGCGGGAUAAAGAUGGCUGGACUCCACUUCAUGCUGCUGCCCACUGGGGUGUGAAGGAUGCAUGCAGACUCCUAGUGGAGCACUUCUGUGAUAUGAACGCACUUAGUAAUGUGGGUCAGACCCCAUUUGAUGUGGCAGAUGAAGAUAUGCAGAGCUGCUUGGAAGAACUGCAAAAGAAACAAGCUGAUUUGAGAAGUGAGAAAGAAGCUAAUCAAAAACGGGCGUUGAUCGAUACUGGAAAUGAGCAGCAGCUGAUUAACACCAACAAGCACCGAAGGAGCUCAGUUUGUCGAAUGCCUAGCAAGGAGAAGAUAUCCGUCCAGGAACUCUCCAAAGAGCGAAAAACUCUGGAGACUAUCACAUUGGGGGAGGAUGAAAGUAUAUCCAGCUCUGAUGAAGACUCCAAGAAUUCCGAAGAGUCCACAGCGAAGCCCGUUGUGAACGACACUGGCAAGUUGAAUGGUGCAGUGACAGUCCCUCCAUCAUCUGUCAGUAUGCCUGCUGCAGCAAACCAGAAGUUUACAGGAACAUCGAACCAACUUCCUGAACAAGACAUUUCCUCUCCAGCUUUAUGGCGUGCUGGGCUUCGGAAAACUGGCAGCUUUGGAGCAAUUCAAGAUGCCAAGCUUAGUGAAAAUACCAAGGAGAAUGGAAUUAAACGGUCAGCCUCUAGCCCCCGCCUGGAUGGAGAGGACAAGUCGAACAUACCAGACUCCAGUUAGGGACGAGGAAUCUGAAUCACAGAGAAAGGCUAGGUCACGGCUCAUGAGGCAGUCAAGAAGAUCCACACAGGGAGUUACGCUUACUGAUCUGAAAGAGGCUGAGAAGACAGUGGCACGGACUGGGGAAAGCAAGAGUACUACAGAGCAACAGAACCAUAUAGAAAACCAGAAGGAAAUAGAGGACAAAACUACAAAUUCUACAGAGUUAACUGGAAGAUCAAGGUUACAUUGCAGUGAAGGGGUAACCUCCACUCGUUCUGUGUAUGCUGUGAACCCUGUUAUGGUAAUUUCUCAGGCAGAAAAAGAUUCAGAAGAGGUGAGCAAAGAUGAAAAUGAACAGGAAAACCGAAGCUUCUUGAGUGCACGAGAUCGGAGGAAAGGCAGGAAAGACAGAAGACCCACUGGAAUGGUUUCUAAAACAGAUGAGGGUGAGGAAAACCAUGAGAUGGAACAUCUAAACCACGAAGAGACCCCUGGCUUGGGGAUUUCAGAGCGAUUGAUCAGUGUAACACCCAGCAAAACAGGCUUGUUCAACUACCAGAGACACAACAGCACCUCGGGCGUAAUAGUUGAGAAUGACCAAGAUUAUAAGAAGUUGUAUGAGAAUCUUCAAGGAGAAAAUGAGAAAUUGAAAGAACAGCUUCAGGAAAUUCAGCUGAAACUCACACAAACCAAGCUAGAGCUAGAACGAGCUACUCAGAGACAAGAACGGUAUGCAGAUAGACCUGCUCUUCUAGAACUUGAGAGAUUUGAGCGUAGAGCACUGGAGCUGAAGACUGCAGAAUUAGAGGAAGAACUAAAGGUUUUAUCAGAUCUGAAAGCAGAUAAUCAAAGAUUGAAAGACGAGAAUGCUGCACUGAUACGUGUAAUAAGUAAGUUAUCAAAGUGAGGAAGGAACUGGUAAGGGUGUGUACAGCACGAAGAUGCACCCAAUUCCUCGCACUGUUCUGCAAGCCGCUCAGCCUUAUGAGAACAGACCAAGGCUAGUGACGCUGGUGUCACAGCUUUGUCCAGAACCAGUCAUGGAACAACGUAGAAUUCAUGCCAGAUGUCCUCAAAGGGAAAUGGUAUUCUGCAAAGGCGGUUUUCAUUACAUGGAGAACUUCAUCACAUUUCUGGGUCUUGGACAGUACACUGCACUGAUGUGUCGAUUCUCAGCAAGUUGUAAUAUAAAAAGAUAUAUAUGUAUAUUAUAUUGAACUCUUACCAUCACAGCUGGUAUGGGCAUUGUUCAGAGGAUGAGGCAAUGUUGCCUCCUAUCUCAAAGUAGAUUACCACCAAAAGGUUUUCAAGGAUAAAACUGAAAACUACUUGAAUGGCAGAUGUCACCUCUCAGCACAUUCUCAGGGGCUAUAUUGCCAUUCCUUUUCUUUUUUUAAAGUUUUACUUUUUAUUUUAUUUGUUUUCUCCCCCCCCCCCCCUUUGAAUUUCUAAACAUUUUUGAAUAGGUGCCAGGAAGCCCUUGCAGUCAGAUAAUGGUUGUAUGAAGUGGGGCAACUAUGUCUUUGGUUUAAAGGAUUUAUGAAGAAUUGAAGAGGAGGUUUCUGACUGAAACUAAUUAAUGUUGAAUUGGUAAAUGAUUUGGGAAUCUAAAUCAAUAGAAACAGUUGCAGGAAAAAGUUAAUGUUAUGGUAUUCUUAGUCUUAGAACCAGCCAAGUUGAACUUCCUCCAUCUGCCACUUUUUGCUGCUUUCCUUCCAGUGGCAGUUUUUCUAAUACAGUUCCCACCCCAGUUUAUUUUUUUCUUGUAUUUUGCUCUACAGACUGUUAUUUGUGCUUGCUUGUCUCUUGUAAGUAAUGAUUUCAGGUUGUACAGAUACAUGUAAAUAUGAAACCAAAUGACAAAAUAACAAGCCUAUAAGAACUCUGCACACUGUUACAGUAGCAUCUGCCCUCCCUUAUUUUCCUAUGCUGUUUCAUGGCACAGGGUUUGAGUCAUUUGUGAAAAGCAAACUGCAUUCUUAUUUGGUCUUUCUGUCAGAGCUGUUCACUUUCUUUUUAGGUCAUGACCCUCACAGAGGUGAACUAGAAAAACUUAUUACUGUGAUGAGCUUGUUGGUGUUUCUUUGCAUGGUGUGUGCAGCACCUCCAGUAUGAUGUCUGUCCAUCAGUACAAGCUUAACGUUGCAGUUGGGCACAUCCAGGUGGCACCUCUGCCUGUGGCACAUGAGCAUCAGGUAGACUGAUGGCAACCUCCCUCUAGCUGGUCUAGGAAUGGAGAUCCUUCUACUGUCUGCCAUUGGUGCUGUACCCCCUUCCCCUUAUUGAUGCUAAGCAGGGAGACAUUUAGGACAGCAGUAGUCUUCACUGCCUCCCAAGAGAUGUUAAUUUCAAGAAUGUCUGGGAUUCUUGCCCUUUCGAUGAACAAGACUGUAAUACCCUGAGUUUUUUCAUGGUUGGGGUUGAUGAACUUUAUUUUAUUGCCUUAUAAGUAGUGUAGCAUUUGCAUAUGAUGUCCUCUGUAUACUUCCAUCUGCCUUUGAUUAAACCUGUGUUACUUGCAUGCAGGGUUUUUAGCAUCCCAGCUGUGUAGCACAGAAGGUUAACAAGGUUUAAAAAUGUUCUUGCUUUAAAAGAACUAACCAUUGCAUAUUUCAUUUUUAUGGGAGUACAUUACAUCAUAUUUUGUCAGUCCUGCACAUGAGUUUGUAAAGGGUGGCUAGGUGCGAGUAACCUAUUAAGUAGGCCCUUAUCACAUAUUUUUAUUCAGUAGGAGAGUGUCACUGCUUUGAAUGUAGGUAUAAAAGAAUUGUUCCAUUCUAACCCCAUCUGAAGUUUUCACCAGCUUGGUGUGGCAGGGAGUGCAUGAUCAUGAGCCACAGCUGUGGCAGUAUUCCCCACUAAUUUGUUUGUGGAGACCAGCUCCUUUCCUUUUUUAAUGCUAAUAUCAUGGUGAAGACUGUGAAUAGUCAUCUGAAGUAUGUUUUUACCUCAUUUCACAGUUCCAGCCACAGACAUGCAUACACAUGCUUACAAGGUAUCUUUACCUACGUUUUAAAUGCUGGCCAAAUACAUUAUCCUGGGGUGUUGAAAUGGGAGCAGAGGAACUAAAACUGUGCCAUGCAAAAAGAAAAAAGAAAAAAAAAGGUUAAACAGUGACUGAAUAUAUAUGUAUAUAUGGAAACUAUUUUAUAUACGCCAAUGCAGCAAUGUGCAAUAUGCAUGGAAUAUUUUUAAAAAGAAAGAUAUUAUAUUGUAUUUGUUACAGCAGCUUAGCUGCCUUGUCUUAAGCACAGGAAAGUAAAUUGCUGUUGUAAUGCCUUCUGUUGUUACUAAUGUGUUUUGUUUUGUUUCUGCAAAGGCAACACCAGUUAGCUGUUUUAAGUAAAUCUGUAGAUAGAAUGGCAUCCUACUGAAAUAAUGUUUUCGCACUAAAUUGUUUAAAUGUCACUAUGGAUGGCAGGGUAAAUUUGCUGUGGAUAUCCCAUCCGUUUUCUUGACGUGGUAGCUGGUUGUAGCACUGUAAUUUGCAAACAUGAAAUAACUUCACUAUUGAUUAAGCUUGCAGGUAGAUAAUAGGUGGGCUGUCUUUUAGGAGCCACCAAUGGAAAGAAAAUUAGAAGUUACCAUUUUAGUUGUGAUGGGCAGCAUAAACUAUGCCCAAUCUCCCACUGUUGAUUACUAAAUGUUUAUAGCAGUUUGCAUAUUAUAUUUUAUAUUUGCUGCUUGUAUGCUACCAAGUUUGCCAUGAAGGGUAAUUCUGGUACUGUGCUGAAAGGAACACAGAAAAAAAUUCACAGAAAAGAUUAAUGCUACCAUAGCAACCAGUUUGGAAUGCAUUUAAAACACUCCGUUGAUUUCUCAUUUUCUAUUUUGCUGUGUAAAUAUGAGUACUAAAAUCAAAAUAUCUAGCCUGUCUGUGUAGUACAGUGAAAUUAAGUCCAGUCUGUGACUGGAGUUCAGAUAGGUGGUUGAGUGCUAGAAGACCUAGUCAAAAGAGGAUAAGGGUGAGCAGUUUAUGGUCUCGGUCAUUCUUGGAGGAGGAGGGUGUGAUGGUUCCCAUCAUGCUGACUCUGUUGCUGCUGUGCAAGCAGCGGCUUACAUGAGCAGGUAUCGAGAAGGGUGACCCUGCUGCUGCACAAGCCAGUGACUGUAGCCUUUGUCCCCAUGUGCAAAGGAGCACAUAGAGGGGCUUAAGUAGUACCUGCAGUGAAAUAGAUGUCCAUGUCACCACCAGGGCGUGGCGUUAGGGACUGUGGAAGCACCUACAUUUGGAAUGUCAGCAAGGACACUAACAGCCAUUACAAUGGCCUGUAUUGCAGUCUGAUGGAUGGGCCCUCACCCUAGUACUCUACUUAUUAUGUACCUAGUAUAAGGAAGCAAAUGGACUCUGAUCAGUUGGGGGAAGUUUGAUAGUAAUCUCGCACAAGAUUAAAAAGGUACAGGGAAAAAUAGUCUGGCUUAAAGAACAGUUCUGAAAUUACGUAUGACGGUAUUAUAGAAUAGAUUUUGCAUAGUUAAUGUGAAAGACAAAAUGAGCAUAAGUACUUAAUUCCAAGCAUUAAUAUUUUCUGUCUCUCUCUGUGAUCAUACACUGCCAUGAGUACCCUGCGGUUUCGUUUCACAGUAACAGGGAAUAAAAAAUAUCUGUUAAAGUUUAACUGUAAUUACUGUAUAGUAAAUGUUUCUAUAUGAGCACUUUGAAAGUAUAUACUUGGAUAAACCAUGCGUCUUGAGAGAGAAUUUUGCUCAUAAACUUAAUAAACAUAUUCACCGUCUCAUUUUAAUUCAGCUCUGGUAGUUUUUUUGUCCAUCCAUCCUUGGCAUUAAUACUUCUUUGGUAAGGAUUCUUUUUUCUGAGAAGGGUGCCAUUUGAAUAGACAUAUCAAGUUCUGCUAAUAAUAAAGUUUAGUGUUCAUUUUACCGCUGAAUACUUCUUCCAUAGGGAGGAACUGCUGGUUGGGAUGGUGGUCUGUUAUCAAGACUCAGCCUAGUAGCCAUAGGCAUUACUGCGGGGGCUCUCCUUGGUCUUUCAUGCAGUUGAGUUUAUCCUAUCAGUGUCUGCCAUAUUUCUUAGAUGCUUCUGCACUCUGGACGCACAGUUAUUUACAACAUACUCUGUGACAUAACUUCACUUGCCAUCUAAAUAACUUCACCUAGCCUCUGAGCCUACCAGUUCUUCUCCAGACUGUCUGGUUCUCAGUCCUGCGCAUAUUGGUGAAACAUUCUUAUGUUUAAUUCCUAGAUACAAAUCUACAGUGUGUCCCUGGGUCCAUCGUGUUACUAGUCAAGACUUACAAUGGCUUGAGUUUUUCUGACUUGAGAAGGAGCACAGUAUGAAGUAUGCCAUAAGUGGCAAAUGUUUAAUGUUGCUUCUUUCAAAUGCUGGAGGGAGAUGUUUCUGACCUGUCUCAUUGUCAUAAAAAUGACUGCAUUUGAAAGCCCCCUUGUUCGUGGAUUGGCAGGAGGGUCCCACUUACAAUCCUAAGUUUCAACCAGAGAGCCAUCAAAAGUGCUAAAAUUCAGAGGGUAGGCUAUAGUUUGCUCCAGUCCAUUGCAGAAAUAGCCUCCCAGUUCCUGCAGAUACUGAGCUUGUCCUCUUCAAGUGAGGGAUGGAGUCUGCACCAGUCCACCUCUGUGGAAGGAAAGAGACCCAGAAAAGGUGCACUCUUGUUUCAUACCCUAGUGGUGCAUUCUGAAGUGUUAAGUUCUGCCUGGCCACUGGCUGAUCAGUCAGACCUAGAAGCUGACUGGCUUUAUCUCCUAGGGAGUGGGCUUUGGCAUUAUCUUACCCAAAGGUCAAGACUGCUUGAAUCUAAGGCCUUCACUGAGGUUCAUCAUGGUCUGUUGGGACACAUCAAAAGUGCUGCUGGGUAUCCCUUUGCUAAGACUUGCAUGUCAGGACCUAGUUAUCAAGCAAAAUGUUUCUGUUAGGGGAACUCAAAUUUUGGGUGCAUUACCACACCAUAGGAAAUAUGGGCUGAUAUUAAUAAUGGUCCUGUUUAGGCCUGUUGCCCAAGUGUUGCUUUAAAAAGAAUGCUUGCAGGUGCCAGUUUCUCUUUUGCUUCACUGCUGACAUGCAUACAUUUUUGGAUGAGCUCAUUCCUGGAACAAGUGGAGGAGUGGAAGACUGCCUUCAACUCAGACUUCAUUGAAGUGUGUUGAGAACCCAAAGGUCAGCAUCUGAGGGAGAAAAUGACAGACUGUCAUUUGUACCAUACAGCUGUUUUGUAUAACCCUAUUUUGAAGAGACAUAUAGUUUCAAAUGGUCCUCUGAGUACUGGCCUAUAGCCACUGUUUCUUCCCCUGAGUACUUCUAAAUGUGCAUGUGGGGAGAGGAUGGUGAACAACCCCAUCUCGGCUAGUGGAUAAGGAUGACAUUUUUUUACUGUGGAAGCAUGCUGCUUCUGCUUCUGUGGUCCCCAAGGAAAGUGGAUACCUUAUAUAAGUCCUAGACUUCGUGAAAUAAGUCUUAUGCCCAUCAUCAACAAGCUGAAUUUUUGUUAUCUUGUGGAUCCAUCUUUGGUUCCAGAGACAUUUGACUGCUUUGCCACCAGACAGUAUCUGUACAUUUGGAAAGGUGUGGCAGAAAGAUGCAUUUCUGUUUUGUUUUUGGGUUUAAGUACUUCAUUUAUUCAUUAUAAUUGUCCAGAUUUUAGUCCUUCCUUGUGGAUGGGCAUUAAAAAGCUUGCUAACCACAGUGGUAAAAGAUGACCUAGUCAGAACUCUCUGUCCACAGCUCUCACAGUAGGCUAUAGUUUGUCCUUCUGUAAUUUUGAUUGCACUCAUGCUGUGACCAGGGGUGCAGACUCUUGUAUUCUUCUAUAGCACAGCUUGUGAGAGACUUGUCACUUUUCUUGGAGGAGCUUCACAACAGCACUUGGAACACUAAGUUCAAGGGGGAAGUGCUGUUCAGUCAGAUCUGAUGGAUGACCUUUUCAGGAGGAUGCAGGUCUUCACAGAAUCUACAAUGGGCAGUUCAACAAAUUUUCAUUCUCUCAAAUCUUGGGAGUAAUUUCAUUUAAGUCCGAUCUACUCUGCUGUCAGAUCAAGAUAUUUCCAACGGGUGUCCUGAAUGUCAGAUCUUACAUUUUCUGUCUUCCACAAGAAAGGUUGCAAGUUUUGAUAGAUUUUUUUCCCCGUAUCUCUUAGUAGAAACAGCUAAUGCCAGGGGCUUUUAUGAAGGUAGUGGGAUUCAAGUUCUCAUUCAUCCUUAAUGUCCCCAGCCCAAGAGUUUUAUGAAAGCAGUCCAGUGGUAUCUACAGAGAACCUAUGGAACCAAAGUUCACAAUCUAUAGAACAUACUCUGCCACUGCUUUCAGUUUCAUUUGUGUAAAGUCAGAUUGCUAUAAGUCAGAUAAAAAAUAAGACCUGUCCUUUGGUUACACAGACAUGGACUGAUGUAGACCCAUGCAGGCUUAUGCUUUUCCUACACCACAUUUGGCAGGCAAAAUCCUGAGUGUCGGUGUCCGAUUUGAUGUGCAGCUCUCACUCAUCACAUGCUCUGCCCCGUAUGUAUCAGCUAAUACCAGGAAUUUUUUACCCCAGAUCUAGAGUCAGGGAAGGUUAUCCUUUGCUGUCUGCACAUUGAGAAGAGGGCUCGUAGGAUGCAGAGGUCCCUAACUCAGAGCUAGAUAAGGACUACAAAACAUUCCUUCUAUGUAGUUUCCCUCAAAUGUCCCCAAGAAAGAGAUGAAGUUUGGAUUGUCCUUCCUCUUUGGAACACCUCUGUAUAAAGGCUGCUGUUUCUGGCUUUGACAUCCUUUGGAUAGCACGUCUACACCCAGGAAUGCAUAUGCCCCCUACUGACCACCUACCAGAGAGGAUUGAGAUCCUUUACACUUUCUAGAGCCAACUCCUCUGAGAUCUUUGCAGUCCAGAAAGGUUCCAGACUUUACACAACUUUUCCAUCUUGCCAUUUGCAAAGGAUUCUAAGGCUUUGCAUGAUUAGAGCUGUUGUCCUCAGGUAUUUUUGUGGUCGGAUUCUUCAACUCUGUCUCCCUCCUUUCCUGGUUUUAGCUAUACUCUCUGAAGAAGGUAUUGGAAAAGCUUCCAGCCCUUCUUGUCUCCUGAGUCAAGGAGGAAUCUUUCAAGACCCUUCUUAUGGCUUCUGCAGUACACUUUCAUGUGUCCUGUGCUAGUUUUGACAUUGCUGUGGUGAUGUUGAUUCUAGGACAGGUUGUUUUGCUUCAUGCCUACAUUGAAUGGUGUAGUUCAGGCUAUUCUCUAAGAGCAACCAUGGGCAAAUCAUUCAAGAUGUGCCCUUCUGGGAAGAGAUCAUCUUAAGGCCUCCCAAUAGAUGUUUGAGGUUCAAAAAGGAGGUGUCUAGCAUUAACCACUGCUUAAGGUCUCUCUAAUCCAGCCUGUCCAGGUCAUCCUCUUAAGAAGAAUAAAUUCCCUUCAGUGGUCUCUUUCAGGCAAAAUCCACAGAUGCAUUGCAGAUCACCAUAGACUACUUUUACAAAGUAGGUCUCACCUUAAAUCUUCAAAAGUCACAAGCUCUUCCUCAAACAAGGAUCCUCUUUCCGAGAGCCCUCAUAGAUUCAGUCCAGCAGAAAGCCGUCCUUCCCUAGGACAAGAUAGCUUUCCUGACAGGCCACCUGACCAGCCUACUUCCAAAACAACAAAUCCUAACAAGGGAAUUCUUGACGAUUCUGGGGUACAUGGCAUCCUUACUAUCCCACUUGCAGAGUUACAAAUGAGACAAUUUCAGUUGUUCCUGAAAAAUGCUUGGGGACAGCAUUCUCAACCCUGGAAACCUUUAUUGCUUCUCAUUCCAUGCCUGAAAAAGAGAGCUCCUGUGGUGGAAGAAUAUCAUACAGCAGAACCCAGCAGAGGUAAAUAUCUCUUUAUCGGAUUCAGAAAAGACCAUCACCACAGACAGUUGAGGCAUAGCUUGAGAGGCCCACUCUGGUUCUCUGAAAGUGCAAGGCAUUUGGAUAACUCAGCAGAGAAAAGUGCAUAUAAAUCAGAAGGAGCUCCUAGCAGUCUCCCUGACCAUAAAGGCUUUUCAGCAGGACACAAGACCAGGGACCCUAUAGAUCUAUGCAGACAGCACCAGAGUGAUGUGCUCUGUCCUACCGUUUGUGCACCCUUUUGAGAAAGAUUUGGAUGCUGGCUCAAGAAAUAGGGCUAACCCUCAUAACAUCUUAUAUUGCUGGUCAGGUCGAUACCCUGGCAGAUUUUGUAAGCAAGAUUCUUCUAGACCCCAAUGAAUGGAUGCUGAAGAGAGAGGUCUUCCUGGAUCUAACUUUAUAGUGAGGGGAGUUUCCCUCGAUAGACCUGUUCGCUUCUCACCACAGCAAACUACAGUAGUUCAGCAACAGAACUCGACAGACAGGGACAUGGAAAAUAGAUGCUUUCUCUUUCAUGUGGGCAGACUUGUUCCUGUAUGCAUUCCCACCAUUGCUUUGAUUCUCAGGGUACUGAUAAAAGUCAGGGAGGACAGACCCAGCAUGAUCCUAGUGGCCCCCUUCUCCUGAUACCUAGCGAGGGGAGAUUCAUCACUCUGCUACAGGAAGUAGAGCUCAGCAAAACCAAGGGAUCAGUUUUUCAUCCUCAACCUAGCCACCCUCAGGUUAACAGGCUGGAGGAUUAGGUUUUGACACCAAGGAAUGCCCUGUUAUGGGCAUGCUUUUCAUUCUGAUAGAAGAAAGGAAACCUAUUACCAGGAAAUUCUACUUGGCAGAAUGGAAAAGAAUUUCCACCUGGUGUCACAGCAAGAGCAACAUCCUUUCACAGGCAGACAUUAACUCAUUCUUGCAUUACCUGUCAGGCCUGUUUAGACUGGUACUUUUCCUACUCCAGCAUUAAAGUUGCAGGCAGCUGCCGUAUUAGCUUGCCUGCACAUUGCACCACCUAUCUUCUUACACUGCCACAUGAAACUUUUCUGAAAAGGGGUGAUUCAUUUGAGACCACCCAAAAAGAACCCUAUUGCUGCCUAGGAUCUAAAUUUUGUUAGAAAAAAUAACCUUAUCCCCCUUUCAGCCUGCUGUCAGUGCCUGUCUAAUGAUGCUUACCUGAAAGACCACUUUUCUUAUAACUGUCAUAUCAACUGGGACAGUUUCAGAGGUAUGAGCCAUCAUAUAUAAAGAACCCUCAGAAUAAUCCCAUCCUUUAUGCCUAAAGUGGUAUCAGAACUUACCCUAAACCAGGCUGUCCACCUACCAGACUUCUUUCCAAAUUCACAGAAUAGGGCAGAGCAAGUCCUUCAUUCCCUGGAUAUGCACAGGCAGAUCAGGUGCUAUCUAGACGGGCCAAAAGCCCCUAAUAGAGCAGAGCAGUUACUGGUGGCUUUCUCAGAGGGUAAACGGCAUGCCUGUCUUCAAACAAAUUGUUUCAAAAUGGAUAGAAAGCUGCUUUAAGUUCUGUAACACCAUGGAAAAAGACCUGCCUGGGCUUAUUAAAGCCCACUCCACUAGGUAUGGGGCAUCUACCACUACCUUCAUGAAAGGGGUCCCUACCCAGUCUGUCCUAGAAACAACCACAUGGUACUCAGUGAACACCUUUACAAAAUGCUGUAACCUAGGCAAUGUCUCCAGGGUUAGAGCAAGUUUCACUACUAUCAUCCUGCAAAACCUCAUUUCCUAAGGUUAUAUACAUGUCCUACCACCCACCUGUUAGCUUUGGGAGCCCUUCCAAGAAUUAAUUCUGCAACAUUUCAUACAAAGAGCAUAGUGCAAUUUUCACACUUACCAUAAUUGUAAAUGUUUGAGUUAGAUCAGUGUUGCAGUACAUACUCCUGUCCUCCAUCUCCUCUUUCUGCUGACCACUUGUCUCCCCCUUGCUGGAUGUAAGUUAUAGAGGAGUUUUCUGCAGAGAGUCCUCUUAUCUACAUUACCCUCCCCCCAGCCCCCACCUCCUAUCAUUUUCUCCUUUUGCAGUCAAAUUCAGACAACUGGGGAGUUUGUGCUAUCCUUGGGAAUCAGACUGCUUGUUCACUGCUUAGAAAGACCUGAAGAUGGCACUGACGGGUUACUGUUCUUAUACCCUGACAUACAAGCAUCUAUUAUCAGACAUCCAUUGGUUAGUGAUGAAUCAAAGACACAGGAAAUUGGGCUGGUCGCAGGCUUAUGCAUGACAGGAAGACCCAAGAAUCAGUACUGCAACAUUUUGAUCUAUUCCAGCAUGUACAAUUAUGGUAAGUGAGACAUUACUGUACUUUAUUUCUUCUCUUGGCCACAAGAAAAAGAAAAUUUCUUGAAAGUGUUAAGGUGUCAGACCAGCUCACUCACUGCCAGUGAGGGACUCUACUGUAUUCAUAGAUUUCUAUUUUCUUCUGGCAUAGUUCCUUAGGAAGCCACUAAUGACUUGAGAGUUACACGUCAUCUGUGGCUGAGGUGUUGUCCCCUUCAGGCAAGGGAGAACCUCUCUUUAUGUGGUGAAGAUGUACUGCAUUACCUGGGUUAAGAUGCCCAAUUCCUUGAUAGUAUCCCAGCAGUGACCCCUUUUUCCAGGGAGUCUCCCAGGAAAGGAAAACAAAAAAUUAAUGUUACGUCUCCUGUGUUUUAACUGUGAAUAGAGGUAAGAUUUGCCAAGGGAUUACUUUUUGCUUUUAAUGUUUGAAAUCAUGUUUUUUUUCAUUGACUGUAAAUAGAAAACAAAAAAGAUUUCCAUUACAUUCUGACUCUGAUUCCCAUCAGGAGAGCAGGGAAUAGAGGGGGAGUGUUUUUCUUUAGUGAUUUCUCCUCAAGCUGAAGAUUUUGAUUCCAAGGAAAGUUUUACUUCCGAUUUCCCUCCAUAAGAGCUAUCAUUUUCCUAGAACUUAGCUAAAACUAAAUAUGUAUUUCAAAGAGAACAGAAUUAAAACUCUGUUUCCCAGCAAAAAUAUGAUUGUUACAGUUGGAUGCUGUACAACCUGCAGCUGUCCCUCCUGUUUUUUUUUUUUUAUCGUUUUUAAAGGAUGUUUUCUUAACAACUUGCAGCUUGCCUGACAGUCAAUCUCCUGCUCGUAAAGCAUCCAGCAGGUUAGAUAAAGUACCUCAGACGCGUGUAUAAUAUGUAUUAUUCUAACCCUAAAGUAGACCCCACAAUUAUUUCCCUGUCUAAGCUUUCUGAUGCUAAACUGAUUGUGAUUACUAACCCCAUUCUCACUUACAAGGAUGGGGAAUGCCUUUGUUGGAUUUGGAAAGAAAGUUUGUUUCUGCUACUUCGGUUUCAGAAUUUUGACUUGUCAGACUCUCAUGUUGAAAAUCUUUGAUUUCUUUUCAGAACAUGAGAAUUAACCUUCUGUCUUCUGAGAUUAAAAAUAUAUUUAAUUCCCUCAAUUGUAUCAUCUUCGUCUUUUCAUGUAUCCAAACACUCCAUAAUGUGUUUCUGU